AUAAACACAAGGACUGCUCUGGUGUAACUUUACAUCUGACACAUCAAAAGCAGCCUUUGAUUGCUGGAAUGUAUCUUAUGAUGUCUGUGAACACUGUAAUACCACCAGGAGAGAAAGUGGUUGAUGCAGACAUUGCCUGCCAUUACAAAAGGUUUCCAAUGCACCUUUUUGCCUACAGAGUUCACACACACAGACUAGGUAAAGUAGUGAGUGGAUACAGAGUGAGAAAUGGUCAAUGGACAUUGAUUGGUAGACAGAGCCCACAGCUACCACAGGCAUUCUAUCCUGUAGAACAUCCUGUAGAUGUUAGCUAUGACGAUAUCCUAGCAGCCAGAUGUGUGUUCAGUGGUGAAGGCAGAACUACAGAGACACAUAUAGGAGGAACAGCCAAUGAUGAAAUGUGUAAUUUUUACAUUAUGUACUAUAUGGAGGCCAAGCAUGCUGUCUCAUACAUGACCUGCACACAGAAUGCAAACCCUGAGAUGUUCAGAAGCAUACCUCAGGAGGCAAAUAUUCCUAUUCCUGUCAAGUCUGAUAUGCUGAAGAUGGCACAUGGGCAUCAUGAAGAAACCAAGGAUACUGAUAAAAGUUCUUUGCUGCAGCAGGACAAAAAAGAAGAGGAUGAGAUUUUGGAUCAGGGUGAUUUCUAUUCACUCCUUUCCAAGCUGCUAGGAGAAAGGAAAGAUGUUGUGCAUGUGCAUAAGCAUAACCCUACAGAAAAGGCAAAAUCCGAUCUUGUAGCUGAGAUUGCUAAUGUAGUCCAAAAGAAGGAUCUUGCCAGAGAGAUCACAAAUCAUGAUGAGAGGGACAAUACUAUUCUUGUCAGAGACAGAAUUCACAAAUUUCACAGACUAGAGUCUACCUUGAGGCCACCAGAGAACAGACAUUUCUCUUUACAACAGCCUAAACAUGGUGAGGGAAGCUGGGAAAAAGAACAUACAGGAGAUUUCCACAUAGAAGAGGCUAUGGAGUGGCCUGGGUUAGGCCUCAAACUAGGCCAAGUUUCUGGGUUGGCUCUGGACCCUGACAAUAACCUAGUUGUAUUCCACAGAGGUGAUCAUGUUUGGGAUGAAAAUUCUUUUGACAGCAAAUUUGUUUAUCAGCAAAGAGGACUUGGACCAAUUGAACAGAACACAAUUCUUGUCCUGGAUCCAAGUAGUGCAAAACUGCUUCGUUCCACAGGCAAAAGUCUGUUUUACUUACCACAUGGUUUGAGUAUAGAUAAAAACGGUAACUACUGGGUCACAGAUGUAGCUCUCCAUCAGGUUUUCAAACUGGGAGCAGACGGCGCAGAACCGUUACUGAUCUUAGGAGUGGCUUUGCAACCAGGCAGUGACAAAAAUCAUUUCUGUCAACCAACCGAUGUGGCCGUGGAUCCCGUCACCGGCAGCAUUUAUGUCUCUGAUGGCUACUGUAACAGUCGAAUCAUUCGGUUCUCUCCAGAUGGAUUGUACGUGACGCAGUGGGGAGAAGAGACUUCUUUAGGCAGAGCCAGACCUGGACAGUUUCAUAUCCCUCACAGCUUAGCCCUGAUCCCUGACUUCAGUCAGCUGUGUGUUGCCGACAGGGAAAAUGGUCGAAUUCAGUGCUUCAGGUUAGAGACUGGGGAGUUCGUAAGAGAGAUCAAGCACAAAUCAUUUGGAAGAGAGUUGUUUGCAGUUUCCUAUGUUCCAGGUGGUCUCCUCUUCGCAGUUAAUGGAAUGCCUUAUCCUGGAGAGGCAGAACCAGUGCAAGGGUUUGUGAUGAACUUCUCUACUGGGGAAAUAAUUGACACUUUCAUUCCGCUUAGAAAGAGCUUUGAGAUGCCACAUGAUGUUGUUGCUUCAGAAGACAAAACAGUGUUCGUUGGAGAUGUUCAUGCCAGAGUGGUGUGGAAGUUCGCAUCCACAGAAAAAUCAGAAACCGUUGUAGAAGCCAGAGUGAAAAACAACCCAGAACCAACAGACCCUCUAAAGAAGCCGGAAAAACAACACUUGGUCCAACAGGCUAGCAAUGGAAUUCCCUUUGUUCUUAUUACAACUCUUCUCAUAAUUCCUGUUGUUGUUCUGCUGGCCAUUUUGGUAUUUAUCCGGUGGAGGAAGACAACUGCCUACGGAGGUAACCAUGAGUAA